UAGCUAGCGUAGCGAGUUAGCUAGAUAGAGGGUAGUCAGUGGUUAGCUUAGUACCGAUUGGCUGCUUUAUCCGCAUUUUUUAUGCUCUUUUUGAAUUUCUGUGUUAUCGACGGGGAAGAAAUAUUAAACAUAAAUGUAUAAAGUGUGAUAUUAUUACGGUGGAUGUUCCAAAACCGUGUUUUUGGUUGUGUUGACUUUGAAUGGGGAAGAUGUGCAAUGGAAACAUAAAGUCAAUUCCAAAUGCUUGUGGGGUCCAGACCUCACCCACCAAAAGAGCCUUCUUGUUGCUGCUAGUACUGACUGUACUGUCGACUGGGCAAGGCUCAGGAUGUAUGAGGCCAUACAUGGUCCAGAACAGCUGGGUCAACCUCACUGAGACCAACAGGGGCUCCUUCCCAGUGGGCACAGUUCUGCAGUAUAGCUGUGACCCCGGUUAUCUUCCAGAUGGACCCAGUAUUCUCACCUGCACUGCGUCAGGACGAUGGUCCUCUGAGCCCCCUCAGUGCAUACGCAGUGGCGCAUGUCUACCCCUCUCUAAACCAGAAAAUGGGGGUUACACGUGCCACCCAUCCCCGUGUCGACUCUUUUCCCAUGGCACCAUUAUUGAAUUCUUAUGUAAUGAGGGCUUUACUCUGAGUGGAGAUUACCCCUACCUGACGUGUCAAGAUGGACAGUGGGACGGUCCGGUGGAGAUCAGUUGUGUAAGCAAAGGUUGUAUAAGACCGUCCAUGGUGCAGCACGGCUCAGCUAAUCUGACAGACACCAACACCAACUUGUUUCAUGUGGGAACAGUACUGCAGUACAGCUGUGACCCUGGGUACCUGCUAGCCGGGCGCAGCAUCCUCACCUGCACCACUCUGGGAGACUGGUCCUCCCCGCCUCCUCGUUGCAUCCGCAGUGAUGCAUGCCCACCCCCACCUCAGCCUGAAAAUGGAGGUUACACGUGUCACCCCUCUCCAUGCAGAUGGUUUUCUCACGGCACUGUCAUACAGUAUUACUGCAAUGAAGGUUAUACCAUGAAAGGAGAUUACAAGUUCCGCACAUGUCACUACGGGAAAUGGGAUGACUCGGUGCCGGUCAGCUGCAUCCCCGAACUCGCCAAAGGUUGUAUUAGACCACUGUUGCUGCAUGGCUCAUCCAAUGAGACAGACACAAACAGGAACUUGUUCCCGGUGGGAACAGUGCUGCAGUACAGCUGUGACCCCGGUUACCUCCUGGAGGGAUCCAGCAUCCUCACCUGCACCUCAAUGAGACACUGGUCUGAUGAUCCUCCUCGCUGCACUCACACUGAGGGAUGCCAGGCUCCAUAUCAACUAGAGAAUGGGGGGUACUUAUGCCACCCCCCUUCAUGCCGAGUGUUUCCUCAUAGCACGGUGGUUGAAUACUUCUGCGACGAGGGUUAUGUUCUAAAGGGAGACUACAAGUACCUCACCUGUCAGCUCGGACAGUGGAACAGCCAAAUGAAGCUUAGCUGUGUCAUGGAGCAAGACCGUCAUCCGUCUUUGCCUCUAGGAAUGCCGGCUUUGUCCAUAGUCGCUUCCACUGCGAGCUCCGUGGCUCUCGUCCUGCUUCUGGUGGUGUUGUUUGUGCUUUUGCAGCCAAAGCUCAAGUCCUUUCAUCGGCGGGACCAAGGGGUGUCGGGGCAGCCGGUGUCCAUCAUGGUCGAGGGAGUCCAGGUGACUCUGCCGUCCUAUGAGGAGGCUGUCAGUAACAGCAGGUCGACCGUGGUCAGCGCCGAGAAUCGGGUCCACAUUGUCCUGUCUGAGGGCCAGCACGCCAGCGCGCCAGAGCCCGGCCCUUCGAGGCCACCCAACCUCAAACAGCAGCAAUCGGAGGCCGCAGAGACACAGCCGGCGCCGACGGCAUCUUCCUCCUCGACACCGUCGUCGUCCUCCACCUGGGCCCUUGACCACGCAGGUGCUGCUGGAGACAGCUCCUCCCGUAGAAGGCCGUCUGCAGGCAGCGAUCAACAAAGCCUCUCUCUGGACUCUGAGAUGGACUACUCUGAUGAUAUGCCAUUGCUGAAGGAAGCCUGAGACUCACUGCAGCCUUUGGACUCAUGCUUUGCUUCUCAGCUGUACUGAUGAGCAGGAGAUUGUCAACACAGAUUAGCCCAACGCAAAGGCUCCGGUUGAGCUUCAGCUUCACAGUCACUUCUGGAUAGUAAUGGCUCGUCGCCCUAAAUGAGCAGAGAUUCACGUGUACAUACACAUGCGUACGUUUUUUAGGCACCCCAACUGUGCGUAUGUUUUUUUCUUUUUGUAAAAUCUGAAAUGGCUUGAAGGAAGGGAUUAGAUUUAAGGAACAACAGUAUACGGUGGAGUUUGCUCUACAAAUCUGCAAACUCGUUUUACGAGAUGGCAUUUCACCAGUAUCUCGUUUAAAGUUGCUCUCCUUCAACCACUUCAAGAGCUCAUUGGGUAAGAUUUACAUUAGCAGAGUUGCAUGAAGGCCAUAGAGCCCAAAUAUAGUUGUUUUUUUUUAAAGACCCACUCCGAUCAUCUUUUGAGCUAUUUUUAAAGCGUUCAGAGUGGUCUUGUAUUAACGAUUAUGCAGUUUUUAGCCAAAAAAUAAAACCUUUGUCGUUUUCUAGGACAUAGUUUCUGCAGAGCAGCAGUAGUUCAGUAGACAUUAGCCUCUGAGUUGUGGGCAGGACCGUUAACUCAGAGGAACCCCGCCCCUGUUCCUCUCCCAGUUGCUGAGAACUGUCUCUCCUGCUAGCUGACAGCUCCUCACACCCCCAACAUAACAUUAUUGGUGCGGCAGAAAUGGCGAGCAUUAUUGCAGCUAUCCAGCCGUACAGUUUAGAGCCAGAUUUUUGGUUCAGACGAGGAAAACAAAGAUCUAGUCGUCUACAAGCGAAUGCAUCAGAAUGGAGCGGAGCAAGGGGCUUGUGGCCCGCCCCGCGUGUUUUCUACUUAACAAAUAAAUGCAUUUUUUAGUCUCCUCCUGAUUCACAGCGAGUUGUAUUAAAGAAAUACAGUAUUAAGCUUAAUUUUUAUGUCUCCUCCAUCUUCAGAAAAAUGCUACAAAAACAUGUUAAAAACACAAAUUUCAUCGUAGUGGGUCUUUAAGAUUUUAGAUGAAGCAUCCCAACUCCGCUCGCACAGUCAUCCCAAUUUUUUUCCAAAUAUAUUCCCACUUAAUGCUCGUUCUCCCCCCCUCCCUCCCCGAUGGCCUUAGCUUUCCACUUCUAUGCACAGGUGUAUAAAUAAGGAAUAUUCAAAGUGAAUGUGAGUUAAAUGCCUCCACCGCUUAGUAAUACUAUGUGUGGCUUUUGUCAAACAUAUCACUUGUAAACAAAAGAAAAUAUUGUCUUGUUAAUUUAUUGAGGAGAAUUCCUGAUUUGAAGUCGAAACAUGUAUGUAAUAUAUUUGUGCCCAGAAUGCUGUUGAUCAGCCAUGGCUUCGUCUAACGCCUCCACACUUCAUGGAAAUGAUUCAAUUGUUUUGUUUUUUGUCUCUUUUCUGUUCUAUUGCAUGUGGGGGAAAGACAUCGGGCACACAAAAAAAGUAUUAAGUGUACAGAUUAGCAUAUUGUUGGUGGGUUUUUUUUUCUUUUUUUGACUGCCUGUUGAGUUUACUCUUUGGAUUAAUUAAUUAUUUUUUGGAUUUGUUCGUGAAGAUGGUAUUUUAAUAUUUAAAAAAAAGGUUUAAGUUUUGUUUAUUCUGUAUAUAUUCCGACCAGUUUGAUUAAAUAUAAUUUGACAUGCCAAA